UAAACACUAAAAAUGAACAGAGCUCAAAUGAGUGCCGAAUAAAAUGGAAGAUUCAUGAUGGGCCCAUAUCUUUAUACCAUACACUAAUUAGGUAAUUGAUCCAAAUUUUUGGACUGCAAAACAAAAGAAAGUAUCACGUCUUCGAGAGAGAGAACCAAUAUUCGAGAUAGAUGAUGGUAAACCAAAAUCGGAACUGCAAGUAUAAAUUGAACUGUAGUCAAACAAAAAACGCCACAAUGCCGUCAGCAUUAGACCCAGGGCCGUUCAGCCAGCCUGAAUGGAGCGACUCCAGCGACUCAGUAGAACCAGCACCGCUGCCUCAGCUGGGGUACUUUGUGCCGGUCAGAUGCGCCUGCGACCGAGGGACGAGACACGUGUGCCGGAGAAGCAGAAGAGAAUCUCCCCGAUCCCGUCGCUCGGUCUCGCAAUGCUCUUGCAACAGCAUCUCCCGGCGGUCGUCGGUAGCAGCGUCGCCGAUGCCGCUGCCGCCCCUCAACAACACCGUCGAAAUGUAUGUGGAACCCGUCGUCGAAGAUACAGCCGAACGCAGCGCUGGCUGGGAAACGCACAGGGUACGCCUGAACAGGGUGCCAGGGUACGGUUUCGGGAUCGCCGUGUCUGGUGGGAGGGAUAACCCCCACUUCGCCAGCGGUGACCCGUCGAUAGCCGUGUCUGAUGUGCUCAGAGGAGGGCCAGCUGAAGACAAAUUACAAGUAAACGACAGGAUAGUGUCCGUGAACGGUGUCCCCCUAGAGAAUGUGGAGUACGCGCGGGCAGUACAAGUGUUACGAGACUCCGGCGCGGCGGUCGCUCUCGUGGUCAAGCGGCGAGCGCCCGCGCCGCCGCCCACCGCGCCUACCACCAUCAAGCUGGCGCUGACGAGGAACGGGAAGAAGGAAGACUUCGGAAUCGUCCUAGGCUGCAAGCUGUACGUGAAAGAGCUCACCAUGCGAGCUCGGGAGCAGUUAAACCAAGCCGGGCAAGGUCUCUGCGAAGGAGACGUGGUGACGAAGAUCAACAACAGCCCCGUCACCGACGCCAUGACCCUGAAGGAAGCCAGGAAACUUAUAGAGUCCUGUAAAGACAGGCUUAACCUGGUCAUAACUAGAGAAUUGAUCAGGGAAGAAACGGUGACGAAUGGGAAUUAUCAGAACAACUACAAUAGUUUAGAAGCGACACCCCAUAACCAGUACUCAGGCGGGGAACAGAUCUCAUCAGCGUACUCAAGCAGUGGCCAAAACUUGUACGUCGCCGCGCCCGUCAGAGGUAGCGAGGGCAGACGAGGGCCCAUGUCGCAUGAGGGCCACGACCAGCCGCCUAGACCACCGCCUCCUAGGAACGAAGGGGAAGCAAACACGAAAUCUGCGUGCUUAAGCAGUGAUCAGAACUUGUACGUCUCCGCGCCUGUUAGAGACAGUGAGGGCAGACGAGGGCCCAUGUCGCAUGAGGGCCACGACCAGCCGCCUAGACCGCCGCCUCCUAGGAACGAAGUGGUCAGAACUUAUACGUCGCCGCGCCGGUCAGAGGCAGCGAGGGCAGACGAGGGCCACAACCAGCCGCCUAGACCGCCGCCUCCUAGGAACGAAGCAAACAGGAGAUCUGCGUGCUUAAGCAGUGGUCAGAACCUAUACGUCGCUGCUCCUGUUAGAGGCAGCGAGGGCAGACGAGGGCCCAUGUCGCAUGAGGGCCACGACCAGCCGCCUAGACCGCCGCCUCCUAGGAACGAAGGCAGCGAGGGGAGACGAGGGCCCAUGUCGCAUGAGGGCCACGACCAGCCGCCUAGACCGCCGCCUUCUAGGAACGAAGGUAAUACUCUCUCUCUCAAACAGAUCCCAUCAGGCAGUGGUCAGAACCUAUACGUCGCCGCGCCUGUCAGAGGCAGCGAGGGCAGACGAGGGCCCAUGUCGCAUGAGGGCCACGACCAGCCGCCUAGACCGCCGAACGAAGGUAAUAUUCUUGGAAGCAACACCAUGCAACAUAUAGGGGAAGCAAUUAGGAGAUCAGCGUGCUCAAGCAGUGGUCAGAACCUAUAUGUCGCUGCUCCUGUUAGAGGCAGCGAGGGCAGACGAGGGCCCAUGUCGCACGAGGGCCACGACCAGCCGCCUAGACCGCCGCCUCCUAGGAACGAAGGGGAGGCAAACAGGAGAUCUGCGUGCUUAAGCAGUGGUCAGAACCUAUACGUCGCUGCUCCUGUUAGAGGCAGCGAGGGCAGACGAGGGCCCAUGUCGCAUGAGGGCAACGAUCAGCCGCCUAGACCGCCGCCUCCUAGGAACGAAGCAGAUUAUUAUAGCAGCAGAAGACAGCUGUUUGAAGAAGAUGCGAUGGGAACACAAAGGAAUAAACCACCAAGCGAGCCAAGGUUAAUCAGUUUCCAAAAAGAGGGUUCAGUUGGCCUCAGACUUUGCGGAGGGAAUAGGUCUGGAGUCUUUGUAUCAGGGGUGCAGCCCACCAGUCCAGCGGCGUUGCAAGGGUUACAGCCGGCUGAUAAAAUUCUCAAGGUAAACGACAUGGAAAUGAAAGGCGUGACGCGGGAAGAGGCAGUGCUAUUCCUGCUGAGCUUGCAAGAGCGGAUCGACUUGAUCGUGCAGCAGUCGCCUGAAGAGUACAACGCGGUAGCCAGCGGGCAGAUGCCCGGCGACUCGUUCCACAUAAAGACGCACUUCCACUACACGGAGCCGACGGACGGCGAGAUGUCGUUCCGAUGCGGCGACGUGUUUCACGUUGUGGACACGCUACAUAACGGAACAGUUGGCGCUUGGCAGGUCUACAGGAUAGGUCGUAACAACCAAGAGGUGCAAAAAGGCACGAUCCCCAACAAAGCAAGAGCCGAAGAAUUGGCCACGGCACAAUUCAACGCGACCAAGAAAGAGAUGUCAGGCAACGAUGGAAAACACAACUUCUUCCGACGCCGACGGUCUACGCAUCGACGAAGCAAGAGUUUGGGCAAGGAACACUGGGACGAAGUGGUCCUAUCAGACAGCAUCAGCAAGUUCCCAGCGUACGAACGCGUGGUUCUGAAGCAGCCGGGCUUCGUGCGGCCUGCCAUAGUGCUGGGCGCGGUGGCUGACAUCGCGCGGGAGCGGCUCCUCAACGAGAGCCCGGACCAGUUCGCCUCGCCUAACGUCCUGCUGCCGUGUCAGCUGUGUCAGGUCCUAUCACAGCAUCUGGUGCCGAAGCAGCCGGGCUUCGUGUGGCCUGCCAUAGUGCUGGGCGCGGUGGCGGAUAUCGCGCGGGAGCGGCUCCUCAACGAGAGCCCGGACCAGUUCGCCUCGCCUAGUGAGUGUAGUCCAAAAGACCAGUGCCUGAAGACGAAAGUCUACAACCAAUGUGUGUUACCACAUCUGGUGCCGAAGCAGCCGGGCUUCGUGCGGCCUGCCAUAGUGCUGGGCGCGGUGGCGGACAUCGCGCGGGAGCGGCUCCUCAACGAGAGCCCGGACCAGUUCGCCUCGCCUAACGUCCUGCUGCGUCAGCUGUGUCAGGUCCUAUCACAGCAUCUGGUGCUGCUGAAGCAGCCGGGCUUCGUGCGGCCUGCCAUAGUGCCACAGUUCGCCUCGCCUAGUGAGUGUAGCGUGGUGUCAGACGUCCUGCUGCGUCAGCUGUGUCAGGUCCUAUCACAGCAUCUGGUGCCGAAGCAGCCGGGCUUCGUGCGGCCUGCCAUAGUGCUGGGCGCGGUGGCUGACAUCGCGCGGGAGCGGCUCCUCAACGAGAGCCCGGACCAGUUCGCCUCGCCUAACGUCCUGCCGCGUCAGUUGUGUCAGGUCCCAUCACAGUAUCUGGUGCCGAAGCAGCCGGGCUUCGUGCGGCCUGCCAUAGUGCUGGGCGCGGUAGCUGAUAUCGCGCGGGAGCGGCUCCUCAACGAGAGCCCGGACCAGUUCGCCUCGCCUAGUACCUCAGGAGGGGUCGUCGCGCGUGUUUUGUUUUCGAUGCAAACUCGCGGAGAUGAACAGGCCUGGAGUAGCGCGGUGUCAGACGUCCUGCUGCCGUGUCAGCUGUGUCAGGUCCUACCACAGCAUUUGGUGCCGAAGCAGCCGGGCUUCGUGCGGCCUGCCAUAGUGCUGGGCGCGGUGGCGGACAUCGCGCGGGAGCGGCUCCUCAACGAGAGCCCGGACCAGUUCGCCUCGCCUAAAAUGGACAGCACCCUAGAAGACAGCAAAACCAAAUCCGGCGGCAUUAUUCGUCUGUCCAGCAUCAGGAGUAUCAUGGAGCGAGGGAAGCACGCUCUCCUGGAUAUCACGCCCAACGCGGUGGACAGACUCAACUACGCACAGUUCUACCCUAUAGUGAUAUUCCUGAAGGCUGACAACAAGCAUAUUAUUAAGCAGUUGAGAGCUGGCUUGCCUAAAUCCGCCCACAAAUCGUCCAAGAAGCUUCUAGAACAGUGCCAACACAUGGAGCGCGUCUGGGGUCACGUGUUCACCCACACCAUAACCCUCAGCGAAGCCAACCAGAACACCUGGUUCAAUAAGCUGGAGGAGCUCAUUCAGAUCACGCAGCAGCAGCAGCUUUGGGUGUCUGAGACCAAGCACGUUGAAAUGGUGUCGGACAUAUAUUUCCCCAUCCCGCCGUCUCCUUACCCCGCCUUUUACCCAAUCUCCUACCCUCUGAACUUCUAUCCCCAGUCUCCCCAACGCCCUACCAUUCGCUCACCGCAAAACAUAUCUGCAUCUAACCUCAAAAGCACGAAGCGGCACGACCAAGUGUAUGACGCUAAUCGAAACCAUGUAGUGCCUUAUUACUACUCAGAAACAUUACAGCAUUGCAUGCCUAACAAUGUAUUUGGCGUACCCAAUCCUUACAUGAACAAAAACAGACAUACAAUGGCGAAUUACCCCUACGACGACAGGCAGAAUUACUACCAAAGGUCCAAAUUAGGUGCCAAAAUGCAAGGCAUGAAUAGCCCUGAGAUAUCCCAAAUAUUUGCCAAAUGUAACGUCCCCCAACCUCAAACGUUCAGACCGUACAGUGUUCUUGAAACGUCCUCCAAAUCUCCAGUUCCCAACGUCCAAAGACCGUCUUCUGUAGUGCCAACUUCUGAGCAGUUCCGUCCUGCCUCUGCCUUCUUUCCAACCGGGAACGAUCUGGGGAAAACUAAUGAGGUUCCAGAAUGGAAAGUGCGCCUUCAAAAAGAGAAUCCGAAACCUAUAUUCAAAGCUGACAAACCUUUGCGACAAAUCUGUCGAAUUCCAAAUUGUAAGUGCAACGAAAAACCCGUUGUAGAUCCUGAACGCUUUAGCGAGAUCCGAACUUUGCCUUCUGUAUCAGAAAGGUCUUUGAACAAAAUGAAAAACUUGUCUUUGCCAACCUUGAAGUUAGACGAGUUAGAAAAGGAUGCACAGAAUUCCACGCAGGCAGAAAGAGAUGUCGCCCCUGUUAUAAACAAACCUAUAUCUGAGCAGCACUUGGGAAUCAUUCAUUUGUCUUGUAUUGUCACCCCAUUCCAUACCCACCCUACCGGACGCUGCGAAUCAAAAUGGCCGACGCUCACAAAAUGGCGACGUUCUCAAAAUGGCUGCCGACAAAAUGGACGAGAACAGAGGCCCGAGCCGUUGUCGGACGACUUUUUGUUCUCGAUGUCGUCGAGUACCGAGAACUGUAGACUGUCGUACGCGUCGAGUCCCGAAAGUGACUUGGAAGUGAGUCCGCCGCCGGCGCCGAGGCUCGUCAAGUCGUCAUCAGACCCGUCGAUCGCGACCACCCAGGACAACAUGGACCGAGAUGACGAUAUGAACCACAUGGCCGACGCUGUGCCUCCACCCUACACGCAGGGUGGCUACGGCGACAGCAAGUACGGUUUCGCGGCCACCAACGGUUCGGAUCAAGCGCCUCCGUACCACGGUAACGCGCCGCCGCUAUACGGGCCGGUGCCGGAGCUCCCGCCGCGAGGCCCGGCCGGACGCCCCGCCGGCGGGGUGUUGCUACCGGCGCCCCCGCCAGCCAGACCGCCGCAUUCUUUGAGACAUAACCCGCAGAACCCCCGCCCCAGUGCCCAAGAGCGCCUCUUCGGGCCUCCCAAGGAGGGCGGCAGCGACGAAACCGCCACGUACACCGCCCGCCCUACCAGUAUGAUCAUCCAGCCCACGCAGGGACAGGGAUCCUUGGACCGGCAUCGACACCCUACGAAUCCGCAAAGUUCAUACGACGGCACCCCGUCGUACGACUACAGCAGUUCGAACAACGGCUCGGCGAUGGGCUCCUGCCGGCUGCCGCCUAACGCGCCCGACGACCUCAAAGUUGCGCCGCCUUCAGUCAGUAAAAUGGAACCGCCUCCUCCGCCAAACCCGUCCGCUAUGUCGGCGCAGAGUCCGCAGCGGAAUUCGAAUUCUCACGAACACAACUCGCUCGAUUACAGAAAUAAUGAAAACAACUACAGGUCACCAGAGAACUACCGAAGUCCACAGCAGAACAGGCCUCCCCUAGUGAAUGGGAACAGUCCUCACACUCCCAUGCACGCGCGAGGGCCUUCCCUCCCUAACGUGCCGUCUAACGAUCAUGCCAAAUAUAGUGGAAGAACAAAUUCGGCCUCCCAAGCUGAUUACACGGGCCGUGGAGGAGCGCCAGUCCCUCCAUACAAACCCGUGCCUCCGCCUAAACCGAAACACUAUCGGCCGCCUGACAACGGUCACCAUCCUAGGAACGGGAGCAUGGAGCCGGGCCCGCCGGCGGGGUCGCCGCGCGCGCCGGCCGCCUACCCGCCGCCGCACCACUACCAGCACCAGCACUCGCACUCGCAGCCGCACCGCCCGCAUAACAACUACCAGCAGCAAAACAUGUACGGCGGUCAAAUGCCGCCGCAGUCGCCGCCGUACUCCGGGCCGCCAUCGCACCACCGCGCCAUAAACCUGCCCCAUAACCCUCAUCUUAUAGAUUUAGCUGGCAGCAGAGAGCAGAGAGGAUCUGCAUUCGAACUCUACAGGAAACCUCAACACAUGCACAACCUGAGUUCUGACGCCAUGAAUUCGAGCGUGGAGCGCGACGAGUCGUUCUCCCCAAAAACUAAAAAGAAACUAUCGAAAAAGCCAUCGUUCAUUAAAAACGCAGUUCUAGAUUUGUUCCGAUCCAAAUCGAAAAAUUCGCAAAAAGUCUCCAGGCAGAAGUCGCUUUGUGAAAGUGACCUGCAACAGAGACACUUGCCGAUGCUCAGACGCGAAAAAUCCGAUGUCAGCGAUCUGAGUAUACACAUGAGAAACCAACAAAUAAGAAAUCAGAUGUUGCAGCGAAGCAACUCGUCCUGCGAAAAACCCGUUCUCAAGCCGAUACUAAAACGACAGAGUUCAUUCUGUAACGAACGAAAUGGGUCUAUUUGUACAGUUAGAGACUUUGACGCCAAACCGGUCGUCAAAAACCUUAGAAGACAGAACUCCAUGUGCGACAUUGAAACAGAACCGAAAGUUACCCCAUUGUUGCGUAGACAAAACUCCCUAAUAGAAUACAACAGGAGAGGAAUCUACGGACAAACCUCAAGCUUUAACAUGAUUACCAAAAUAGAUCCCAUUUACCAAAGACAGCAGCAAAAACAUGAACCAUUCCACCCGACCCAGCCACUACCUCCAGAACCGUUGUACCAAAGCAAAGAUCACCUCGUGUACGAUCCGAUUCCAAAGCCCAGAAGGACUUAUACCUCAUCGCUGUAUGAUACCUCCAGUGAAAAUCCUUAUGCUACUAGGUCUGAAGCGUCUAAUGCUAGCUUUGAAAACCCGUAUGGUAAUCGCCAGACGAUGGCGAUGCCCUUGAUGGAUCCACCUUAUGCGACUAGAGCCGAAUGUGUAAGAGAAAACCCGUAUGCCACAAGGGCUGAAUGUGCGAGGGAGAAUCCCUAUGCCACUAGAGCAGAAUGUACUAGAGAGAAUCCCUAUGCUACCAGGGCAGAAUGUAUGAGAGAGAAUCCAUAUGCUACCCGAGCAGAAUGUGUGAGAGAAAGCCCAUAUGCCACUAGAAGUGAAUUGAUUUCAGAAAGCCCGUACGCUACAAAACAAGAAAUCAAUAAACAACAAACAGAAUCUCUUUACAGUGAAUCACCGUAUUCAAGUAAGGAGCAGAUGUUAAGACAGAGAAUGGUAUCUGAAAGUCCUUAUUCGACUAAAGAGGAGAUGCUACGACAGAGGUUUUCUGAAUCUCCGUAUAAUACGAAAGAGGAGUUGCUGAAGCAAAGAAUGGAUGGAACUUUUACAGCAAAGGAACCUCUGUAUGGUAAAAGAACAUACGAUCCUCCUCCGAGUACAUCUUGGUCAGAGAGUUCUUAUGCCGUGAGACCGGAUAGGCGAUUGCAAACGCCUGUGAGUUUCCCAGGCAGGGUGUCGCCUAUGAGCAAAUGUAUGAGUGAGCCUCCGUAUGCCUCUAGAACUGAAAUGAUGGCUCGACUUGGGCAAGCGGAGUCACCGUAUGCCACACGAUCUGAGAUCAAGUCCAGCUGUUCUGAAAAUAAUUACAGUACCCACCAGGAGUUGCCCGAUAUCAGACAUGAUAUACGGCCGGCUUCUGCAGAGUGCACGUAUGUUUCAAGGCAAGAAAUAUUGUCACAGAAAGCGGCUUUCCAGGCCAGUAAAGAGUCCAAUUAUGGUAGGCUGGAAGAGAAACUAGAGAUGAUAAAACAGAGAAAUCAAGCGAAGAAAGAUCUAAUUUAUCAGUCAAGGAAAGAAGCCAAUGAAAGCGACGCUGCUAAAAUGCGUGAGCCUUUGUAUGUUUCUAAACGAGAAUUAAAAGAGAGUGUAAUAUAUGAAUCGCAGCAAGAGGCUAAGGAUUUAUCUCAAACUCCUGCACAAGAUGGUAGCGCAAGGAGUAGUCCUUAUGAGUUGAGCGAUGCAAACCAUUUAUCACGCCGUGAACCUCUGUAUCAAUCUAAAGCAGAAGCUCAAGAAGUGACAGAAAUUGAAACAUUCCAAGAGAUUGACUUCUCGACGUUGAGGUUGACUGAAUCUAAAACUGAUACAGAAAAACAAAACUCGUUGAAUGUUGAGACGAAAAUAUUAAAAGGGGAACCAAUGUAUGCCCCUAGAUUGCAUGGUAAAGCUGAACACAUAUCAAACGCUUUGAAAGCGACGACGUCUUUACCUUACGAAUCUACCACAUCUAUGGAAACCCAUUACGCUUCUGAGUGUAGCAUGAAUUUUGAGAAUAAGCCACAAAGUACACCCUAUACAUCGCAAGAUUUUCAAGAUCGCGCUGGUAAAUCUAAUAGAUCGGUUACGUUUUGUGAGAAAAUAGUAGAAAAGAGCGCUGAGACGAGUCAAGAGAACUCUGAAAACAUGUCUGCUAGUCAAAAUGAAACUACAGUUGUAAAUAACCAGAGUACGAUAGUGCUGGCUGAAGGGAAUGAUUCUGUAAAUAAUAGUGAAGUGGAACCAGAAGGUCCUCAUACCACUUGGGGUAUAUUUGACAGUGAAGGUGGAGUCUUGGAGGACAGACAAUGGGGAGUGUCAUUAAUUAUACCUCCGAAAGCGAUCGCUCCUGGCAUCAAGCAAAAAAUCUACUUUACCGUAUCAGACCCAAGACUGAGUCAACGAGUGGGGGGACCUCCCAUCGAUAUGGACAACGGUGAAGCGAUGCUGUCCCCUCUCGUGAUGUGCGGCCCGCAAGGCCUGGUGUUCCUCAGGCCUGUGACCCUCCGCCUUCCACACUGCGCCAACGCCGUCCCCUCCCUAGGUCUGACGAUCAAAGCGACCGACACAGAAGCACACCUCAGCACAGACUGGGACCAAAUUCAUAUACCAGGAACGACGACUCUUAACACUGUCGCUGUAAAAGUGGAUCAUUUCUAAAUUGUUAAUUUUUAAUUGUAAAUGAAGACUGUCUUCAUUAUUUAUUGUAUUUUGCUUACGUCGUUAUUCGUCUUGUUUUUAGGAGUUGACCAACUGAAAUAUUGGUAAUCUGGACCUUGCAAAGGCCCUUGAAAACAGGUAGAUGUGAUACCUAAAUUGUGGUUGUUUAAAGAUUGUUGGUAAUUAUGAUUGCGGUCUUGUUAUUGUUUGCAAGUGAUGCAUUUUGAACCUUAAUAUCGAUGCCUUUUUAAAUAUAGUUUUGUAAAGUAUAUCUGGCUCGAAGGACCAGAUAGAAACUAAAACUUCAUACAAAAAUAAACCCAUUUUAAAAAUGUGCAUUUAGUAACUUGCAUUUUGGUAGGCGUUGGAUGCUUUUCAAUAUUUGGCAUUGAUUCCCACCUAUUAAAAUUUAAAUUUUCUGCCUUCGUUAGUUAGUGGUGCUAAUAUAAACUAAAAUCAUGAGUAGUUUUGGAACUACGUGAUGAAUCUCUUGUGAGCUUACUAAGUAAUUUGUAUGAGAGAUUUUAACCGACUCCAAAAAGGAAGGUUAUAGAAUGACUGCUUGGAAUGUAGUAAUUUUUAAGCAAUGCCUUACCAUAAACUAGGUUAAACUUAGCUGUAGUUCUAUUAUGUUCAUAUUAUUGUAAUAAUAUUAAUAUUCAUUUUGUAUUUAGCAAUAAUGUGUAACGGAAUGUUAGUUAACAAAAUUUAAUAUUUUUUGUAUUUUGGCUUCCAUUUCCUUAUUGGAGUUGUUGUAGGAUUUGAAUUUUGAUUGAAAGAUCAUUGCAUGGUUGUAAUGUAUCAGAGUCAGUUACGGCGUAUACCUAUUCAGUAAUCACAUAAUGCGAUUAAUAUUGUAUAUUUUAUUGUUAUUAGCUGUAUGAUGAGUUUAUCUUUGACUCGCCCAUUAAAUUUUAUAUCAAUAA